AUGAGGGGAACUACAUACACGUCCAUCGAGACACUGAGUGCUCUCGACGGCGGGGUUGCAAAGACUUCACAGGUACGACCUUAUCUACGGUGGUAUGGCCAUCAGGACUGGAUGCCUCCAAGAGGCAAAAGAGGAGACCCGCCCGUCUUGGUGGCCAAUCUGCCCAGUAUAGGUGGGACGGUUGGAGUGGCGGCAUCUCAGGCUGAAAGCCUUGCUCCGCCUUCGCCUUCGCCUUACCAUGGAGGAAGCAUGCGCAUGCCUGCUGGGAGAAGCUCGCUCGAGCACGGGAAACUGCUACAUGCAACCAAGGUCUAG